AUGAAACGAGGUUUUCUCCUCCAUAGCCGCCCGCGAGCGGCUGUCAAGCAUACACCCAGCGUCUUUGGGCAGCUGCCGCACGAGAUACUCCUCGACAUUUUCGCCUACCUUGAUCCUACUUCCUUAGCACGGCUGUCAGUCACUUGUUCACGUAUUCGCAAGGUCGUCCUUCAAGACGCCCUCUGGAAACCCUUCAUCAUGAAUGCCCUCCAACAUUUAAGCCCACCCGUACGUGGCCCGAACAUACAUCCUCUCAAAACUGCGCUACCCAUGUGGGAUCCCGCCUUCGGUCUGCAAGCCGAUGUCAGUCAUCCGCCCUCUUGGCCUAAGCUUGAUGAGUACGUUCAGCCGCAUUCGGCAGCGGAUGCCAGCCAUAACGAGCACGAGCCGUAUUGGGGCCUCUUUCCAGGCGCCACAUCCUUGUACCAGAUCUAUGUUGGGUUCAUACGCACCGCAGAACCUUUGCUAGGCUGGUGGGCUUCGAAUGUUAGCUAUUUUGGAAUGGUCAUUCGUAUUGUCAUCGACAUGCAUUUUAGCUAUGAUGUCGAGGAGGCGUCGCCCGCGGUGAAAUUUUCUUCUACAAAGCGACGUUCGCCUUCCAUUGUCUGUCAGCGCGUCUACCUAACAAAUCGUCUUAGGGGUCUCGACAGUGAUAUGCAGCGAUGGUCCGAGGUGGCUGGCUUUCCUAUGCCCAGCAACUCGUCCGUCACAGACCAAGGCACCGUGCUUUGCCGCAGCUCGACUCAGGUUCGCAACGACUUGUGCGAGCCUGGAAUCCGAACAGAGGAUCUCUGGCAUUUCAGCUGGGACGAUGCACGGUGUCAUGGUCUCGUACCUGCCGGUAUCGCCCAAGCUUAUACAGCAAAUCAAGCCUUGUCGUUCUGGAACCAGUUCGCAAGGCAGGUGAAAAGGGGCUACAUCCAAGCGCACAUAUCAAGCGAGUCGUGGGUGCGAAGCAUCGACCCGCAAGAGGGCUCAGCGCCGGAUUUCCAGAUGACUUCUGAUGGUAUUCUCGUCUUGGACGAUGACCCUGAAGAAGACUCGAGUGCCGCAUUCAAGCAUUUGGACGAUGCGCGAGAGAAAGGCAUGGUACGCGUCUCGUCAAGUGCUUACCAACCUUAUCUAGAUGUAAGCCAACCAGAUCCUGUCUUUGCAGCACUUAGCCGAUUCCCCUCGCUGGCGUCUCAAAACAUCUUUCCUCCUCCUGCAAUGCUUUCUGCCAUCCGCUCACCGCCGUGGAGCCGGCUUGACAAGCUGCAAAUCGGUGUUUCCAACAUCUGGGAGACUAUGUCGGCUGAUCACAGAUACCUGAUCGCAGGCAAAGGGCUGAUGAUUGACUCGAUCACCAUGACCCCGCCACCGCCGCAUCGACAGUGGCCAGUUGAGGUGCGUCUUGUGGAAGAGGUACCGCGAUUUUUCCCUAUCUGCAACCCUCGUCGCACAUCCGCGCUUCCAAAGCCCCUGAUCAGCCAUUCUACUUGUCCUGCAGAGGCUGUGUCACCAGUCUCGCUGGCUUCCCUCCCGACCGAACUGUCUGGAACUCAGCCGUCAAGCACCUCGACGGGUUCAAUUGUCUAUCAUCAUAUCAAGCCUUCGCCGCAGCACGAUCCAGCACACUUGGACUUUGAUUGGGACGCUGUGGAAGGUCUCUACAGUAUGCCGUACGGUCCACAUGGCAUGGAGCUGCUCUACGUUCGCGCACGACAGCUCACCUCGCUCGACUUUGAGGCGGAUGAGCGGCAGACCGCAAGGCCUUUGGAACCAUUGCUGUCGGACGAUGACAUUUACAACGAGACGCGGAUCACCCGCGACGCGGUAUGUGUGGGCGCGCGCGUGCUCGAAGCAGUCAAAGUGCUUGGCGACCGGGAUGUCCAUCGCGGACGAGUCACAUGGCGAGCUUUCAUCGAUGAUCCCGGCAGGAGCGGUGUAACAUGGCGUGCGCCUCCCGAUGGAUUUCGUAGACACACACCGUGGCCGUUACGUCCAUCCCUGGCGACCAGCAGUGAAGACGUGAGAUCUCCUGGGCUUGUGCUGCCGGCGCAUGGGCGGGUGACUGGAGGACGCUAUGAGGGGGAGGAGGGAGGAUGGGUCCCCGCGCUGGCAUGCAUCUCGAGCAUUGACGAGAUCCAGAUUUGGUGGCAGCCCAUGUACAAAAUAUCGGUUGCGAAGAAGCUCAUUGGCGUUUGA